AUGAAGCGUCUUAUAUGGUGUAUGUGGUGGACAUGGGCGUUGCUGGUGGUGAUGGGGAGUGGAGGCAUGGGGUGCCUGGAAGAAGAGAGGAAUGCGCUGCUCGGCAUCAAGGCCGCCUUCAACAGCCCGAACGGGUCUUCUCUUUCAUCAUGGAGUGACGACUACGGCAGCAACUGUUGUGGCUGGAAACGCGUGGUGUGCGACAACGCCACUUCGCGAGUGGCUCGCCUAUAUCUGAAUAAUACACGGCAUCCAAACCUGGGAGCUUGGGUUAUUAACGCCUCUUUAUUCCUCCCUCUGGAGGAACUUCAAGUGUUGGAUUUAAGUAAAAAUCAUCUCUCAGGUCCAAAUCUAGAGGUGCUGGAUAUUUUGGGUAACACUUUGGCUAAUGAUGCUCUCCUGGACAUUGCGAGGAUAACAUCUCUUAAGGCCUUAGAUAUCAAAUUUGGUGGAUUGAGUGCUUCGACAUUAAUGGAAGGCUCACUUUCGCUUGCUUCCCUAGCUGAUAAUUCUAACCUUGAGGUAUUCCACCUCGUCGACAACCAUUAUCGUCUGGAACUUUUGAAGGGACAACAUGACUUGAGAGGUGUUCAGCUCAACCACAAUGGAAUGAGAGGAAAUUUCCCGAAUUGGCUACUAGACAACAAUGUAAAUCUGGAUCGGUUGGAACUCAUAGGCAAUGAAUUGUCGGGUACUUUUCAUUUGCCUUCUAAUUUGAGUCUUGCCAACAUGGGGUUGUUUGAUGUGUCUGCUAAUACUUUUGAAGGAGAGCUUCCAACUUCGAUUGGUUUUAACCUCCCGAAUUUGGAUUUUUUGAAUUUUUCAAACAACUUACUAAGUGGUGGAAUCCCUCCCUCAAUGGGCAAUAUGCAACCUCUAGAAUCAUUGGACUUGUCGAAUAACAGCUUCACUGGAGAGAUACCGGAGACAUUGACUAAAGAUUGUCCAAAUCUAGAGGUUUUGGAUCUUUUGGAUAACAAUUUGGCCAAUGAUGCCCUCUCAGACAUUGCAAGGAUGACAUCUGUUAUGGCCUUAGACAUUGGAUUUGGUGGAUUGAGUGCUUCAAAGUUAUUGGAAGGCUCACAUUCGCUUGCUUCCCUGGCUAAUAAUUCUAACCUUGAGGUAUUCCACCUCUUCGAUAACUGUUAUCCUCUGGAAGUAAAUACAGAAGACCACACUUGGUUUCCUUCAUUCCAACUGAAGGUAUUUAGUUUAUCGAACUGUGUGCUCAAUAAAGACGCAAAUGGCGUAAUUCCUAGCUUUCUGAAGGGACAAUAUGACUUGAGAGGUGUUCAACUCAACCACAAUGGAAUGAAAGGAAAUUUCCCGAACUGGCUACUAAACAACAAUGUAAAUUUGGAACGGUUGGAACUCACAGGCAAUGAAUUGUCGGGUGCUUUUCAUUUGCCUUCUAAUUUGAGUCUUGCCAACAUGUGGUUGUUUGAUGUGUCUGCUAAUAUUAUUAAAGGAGAGCUUCCAUCUUCGAUUAGUUCUAUCCUCCCGAAUUUGCAAUUUUUGAACUUUUCAAACAACUUACUAAGAGGUGGAAUCCCUCCCUCGAUGGGCAAUAUGCAACUUCUACUAUCAUUGGACUUGUCGAAUAAUGGCUUCACAGGAGAGAUACCAGAGACACUAGCUAAAGAUUCUUCAUCAAUUGUCACAUUGGAUCUUCGACAAAAUGCAUUGUCAGGUGAGAUCCCCAAGUGGAUUGGUUCACUUCGGAACUUGAGGGUUCUUCUCUUGCAAGGAGAUAAUUUUGAAGGUUCAAUUCCUCCAAAUCUAUGCUUGUUGAAAAAGAUAAGCAUACCGGAUCUCUCCAAUAAUAAUCUUUAUGGGAAAAUUCCUUCUUGUUUGAACAGUUUGCCAUUUGGAUAUUUUAAGUUACCUCCAUUCUUAGGUGAUAUGGUUUGGAUAGAGUAUUGGGAACCACGCGACAAUAGGGCCGGAUUCCAAUUGAUGUAUCGGUAUCAGUAUAGAGAAAUGGUACUGAGUACUAAUAUACAUAGAUUAGAAGAAGUAAACUUCAUCACAAAGAGUAGGUUGGAAUCUUCUAAGGGCAACAUCCUAAACCUCAUGUCAGGAAUGGAUCUCUCGCAGAACAAUUUGAUAGGCUUUACUCCUCUAGAGUUGGGCUACUUGAGGGAACUUCGAGCAUUGAACCUAUCACACAACCAUUUGAUAGGAUCGAUCCCAGGAACGUUUUCCAAUUUACAGAAUGUAGAGAGUUUGGAUCUAUCUUAUAACAGCUUAACUGGUCCCAUCCCUCCACAACUAACAAAUCUCUAUGCCUUGUCGAUUUUUAGUGUGGCUCACAACAACUUGUCAGGAUCAUACGUGGUGGCAUUCCUUGGUGUGAAUUUGUUUCUCUACCUAAACUUGUACUAUCGUGUUGUGCAUGUGGAGUUCAGCGGUGCUGAUAUUGGUGAUUGCAGAAUGAUACAUGAUCCAAGGACCAUCUCCAUCUCAUAUCGGUUCCAUACUUCCAAAUGUGCAAUACUUGAACCUGUCAAAGAACUAGAUAGGAGGGUUCAUGUAGAGUUUGAGCUAGUCGUUUCAGUCACUCACGAUAAAAACCAGGAAAAACUUGUUUUUACUCAGUGUGAUGCUGCUGAGAUCGAGCCCUUGUUCAAUCCUGUAACCUGUGUGGAUGCUUUGCUGCUCUUUGGAUCCCUAACGACCAUUAACGGAGUGCUGGCAUCCGGCUAG